UUGGUCGGAGAAAAAAAAUCUGCGUAAAGCUUCGUCCUGGGUGGGUUCUCUUGUUGUCUCCCAGACGAUUUUGCGUUGGCAAAAUCCAGAGUUAUCUCAAUCAACACCGCCGAGUCAACUCGCUCCGAGUUUCUCCAUAAGGAGCCAUGAAUCGGCUGAGAGGCCGAGGGGCAUGGAUUCUAGGUUCGGCAGCUAUGCCUCAUCUUAAGAAGAGAGCCCAGAACUCAUUGGUCGCUCUCCAAGACUCGUAUCUCUCCACGAAGGAUCUGCUCGAGAGGCAGAGGGUCGUGUUUACAGUUGCGACUUCUGUUGCAUCUGUUGCUACGGCUUGGAUUGGUUAUUCAUUACGACACUACAAUGAAACUAGGAUCGAUCAGAGGCUGGAAUCGAUUGAGAAUGCGAUGAAACACACCCAUGAAUUGGAACGAGGAGAACUCAAGGAGCUUGUUGAUCCAGUGGGUUCCCGGUUCACUUCAACAAUUGCCACCGCCGGAACCACUUUGAUCCUCGGGUAUGGGUUGGGAUGGCGUGGAGGGAUAUGGUAUGCAAACAGGAAGUUCAAAAGAGAACAAAUGAGAUUGGCUGGGCAGUUAAAACCGAGAGAAUGGAAGUUAUUGUUAGGGAGGAUAAAACCCCGAGCUUGGCCUACCUCAAGGUUCCUCAGACGACCAUUCCCAAGGCAGAACAAGACAACAUCAACAGAAAAUGCUUUGAAGACACCACCACCUGAGGGUGCAGCUUGAAAGAAUAACAAUUCAAAGCUAAUCGAAACAAAAGAACGAUUGUUUUUUUUACUCUAUCUGUAGAUUCUUGACUUAAAUCUAAAAGUCUACACAUCGGUUUUGUCAUGAAGCCAAAGGCUGUUUGUUCCUUGUAAUUGAUUAAGUUCAAAUACUGUAUGCAUUUCUUUUUCUUCUUCUUGUU